CUCGUUGCUAUCUUCUCCUUUCCGCCAAGCAACUCCGAAGCAAAAAGGUGCUAAAAAAAGUUAUUUAUCAAUCGAUGGUGAAGAGAAUUGGUGGAGCCGGAAAAUCAAGCGGCGGAGAUUCAAACAUAUUGGUUCGGAUCUCUAAUUCCGAAAUCGUAUCUCAAGGAAGACGUGCCGCUGGAGAUGCCGUGGGGGUGGCGAAGAAACUGAUCUGGAGCACGGGAAAAGCGGCGUGGAUCGCUGGUACGACUUUUCUCAUCCUUGUUGUUCCGCUGAUCAUCGAGAUGGAUCGUGAAGCGCAGCUCAACGAAAUAAAUCUUCAGCAGGCAAGCCUUCUCGGAGCUCCGGCGUCUCCUGUGCAAAGGGGAAUGUAGAAAACCCUAGAACCAUAUUGAGCCAAACUUCGAGGCGUUUGCAAUUAGGGUGGUCUCUUUGUUCUUUUUGUAUGUUUCUGUUAUGAUUUUAUCUGAUAAGAGUUCUUACACACGGUGGAUUCUCGUAAAAGUUUCGAGCUGGUUUUUAUCUUCAGAUU